UCGGUUAUGUCGAAGCCAUUCCCUCUCUCUCUCUCUCGAAAACGACUCGACCGAUCACUCCAUACCCUAUCUCCCUAGUUUUCUCACCAGCCUCAUUUAUCAAUUUACAGUUAGAGAUACACUCAGCAGCAUCUUCCAAUUAAUUCUCAACUUUUCUUGCCUUCUCCGCCUUCCUAUUACUUUCUCUCUCCUAAUCUCUCUCUCUCUCUCUCUGUGUAUAUAUAUAUACGCACAAAUGUAUAUGUCGUCUUCAAGCUUUCUACUUUGUCUCUGUACACAGUCGCUGCUUCAUUCAUAUAACAGCUGUUGUGUAGAGACACAUCUUUACUCUGUUUUUGUGAUAGCAAUUUGGCUCUCACAAUCACAAUUAUGGGCAUUUUCAAGGCCAAAGGCGUAGUCUACAAGCCUGUCGACGAUGUCGAUCUCGGUCCUCACAGCGAUGAGUUUUAUCUCCGUGCUAACGUCAAAGCUCCUCGCAUGGCUGGAUUGCUGGUUAAAAUUUUUGUUUGGUUCCUCGAGUCGCGGAUUUUCGGGGGUAUUUUGUUGUACAUGUUGAAGAGAAACAACCUAAUUCACAAGCUUGUUUCAUAUGCAGAGUUGGAAGAGUCACCUGUAUUUGUUCCUUCACACCCUUAUGAAGGCCUUAAAGAACAAGAAGUCAAAUUAGUAGAGGAUGAUCUCUCUCCAUCUGACAAAAUUCAGAAGGCCAUGGAAUGCAUACAAUGCUCAGAAAGUAUACAAGAAAAUUCGGAGCUUAGUUUCCAUCGCUGGACAGUAUUGGAUUAUUCAAGAGCUUACAUUUCAGGAGAGAUUACUCCUCUCAUGGUGGCGGAGCGAUUUAUAGCUGCUGUCCAUGAAUCGUCUGAACCUGCAUUGCACAUGUCAUUCUUUAUUGAUUAUAAUGUUGGAGACAUAUUAAGGCAAGCUACUGAGUCAACUCAGCGGUACAAACAAGGAGAACCAUUAUCACCUCUAGAUGGAGUCCCAAUCGCAAUCAAAGAUGAAAUAGAUUGUAUGCCCUAUCCAACUACAGGGGGUACAAAGUGGUUGCAAAAGGUAAGACAUUGUGCAGAUGAUGCAUGCUGUGUUAAGCGCCUGAGAUUAUGUGGUGCCAUACUUGUUGGGAAGACAAAUAUGCAUGAGCUCGGGGCUGGAACCAGUGGUAUCAAUCCUCAUUAUGGGGUACCUAGAAAUCCAUAUGAUCCCAACAAGGUCUCUGGGGGUUCUUCUAGUGGAUCUGCAGCUGUGGUUUCUGCAGGGUUGUGCCCUGUUGCCCUAGGUGUUGAUGGGGGAGGAUCUGUGAGAAUGCCUGCUGCUCUUUGUGGUGUUGUUGGUCUGAAGCCAACUUUUGGACGUGUGCCCCAUUCUGGUGUUAUUCCUCUGAACUGGACAGUUGGGAUGGUCGGUAUCCUAGCAGGCACAGUUGAAGAUGCAUUUAUUACGUCGUACACUCUUUCGCGUUAUCAGCUAUCAGUGUCCAAUUUUCCAUCAUGCCAACCCACAGAUGCAGUGAAAAAAAUUAAUUUCCCACUCCUGAAGACACCAAACUGUAUAUCUAACAUCAAGAUGGCUAAAUAUGGGGAGUGGUUUAAUGAUUGCACCGACGACAUCAGAGUCUGUUGUUCCCAUGCUCUGGACCAGCUUCACAAGCAUUAUGGAUGGGAGACCAUGGACGUGACCAUACCAGAGAUAGAGGUGAUGCGCCUGGCACAUUAUUCAACAAUUGGAUCGGAGUGUAGCAAUUCAAUUGCUUGUCAUCUUGAAAACAUGAAUGUGGCAGAAAUAGGGUUGGAUGCAAGAGUAGCACUCUCUGUUUAUGGUUCUUUCAGCAGCAGGGAGUAUUUGAAUGCCCAGAAAAUUAGGAACCGACAGAUGCAGUUUCAUAAGAAAAUAUUUGCCAUGGCAGAUGUUAUUGUUACACCAACGACAGGUGUGACUGCCUACCCAAUAUUCGAUGAUGCUUUGAAAACUGGGGAACUUGACUACAUAAAUGGAGCUGCACUUGUUCGGUAUCAGAUAUCAGGAAAUUUCUUGGGAUUGCCAGCAGUAACCAUACCUAUUGGAUACGACAAAGUUGGCUUGCCUAUAGGCCUUCAAUUUAUUGGGAAGCCAUGGUCCGAAGCUACGCUGAUCCACAUAGCGUUCGCAAUGCAGGCCAUCUCGGACUCAAAAAAACCACAGAUUUUCUAUGAUCUGCUCAAAAAGGAUUGAUUGCACAAAUGACAACACACCAGAUAUAUUGUUCCGAACUUCUAUGAUUUCUAAGAAGUGUAUCACCUUGUUCAAAUAGAUAUGCAAUGCUUCUUAUAUUUGUUCCUUUAGUACAGAAACAGUUGAUAUAUGUGAUAGUUUUCAUCAUCUUUGUUCAAAUAGAUAUGCGAUGCUUAUUAUAUGUUCCUUGUGUACAAAACCAGUUGAUAUGUGGUAAUUAUCAGGAUUGGAUUCUUAUUUCAUUUGAUGGCA